GGGAGAGCGUAGGGGAGGGAUAGUGGGACAGUGAGCUGAGGAGAUACAGAGCAUAUCAAGAGGCAGAGAGAGACCGGUACAUGUCGAGCCUUCCCAAGAAAAUGACCAAUUUCGCAGGCACUUGGAAAAUGAGAAGCAGUGAGAAUUUUGAUGAACUACUCAAAGCACUUGGGGUCAAUGCUAUGUUGAGGAAGGUGGCUGGUGCCGCGGCGUCCAAACCUCACGUGGAGAUCAGGCAGAAUGGGGAGCAGUUCUACAUCAAGACCUCUACCACCGUGCGCACCACCGAGAUCAACUUCCUCAUAGGCCAGGAGUUCAAUGAGGAGACGGUAGAUGGCAGGAAGUGCAAGAGCCUGGCCACAUGGGAGACCGAGAGCAAAAUGUACUGCAGGCAGACUCUCCUGGAUGGCAACGGCCCAAGGACCUUCUGGACCAGAGAGCUGAUGGGAGAUGAACUCAUACUGACCUUUGGGGCAGACGACGUGGUUUGCACACGGAUUUACGUACGAGAAAAUAAAUAACGUAGCUUCAGGACCGACCAGGACCAUCAUAAUGGGCUCCAUCCCCCUUGGUACAGCUGCAGUAACUCUCCAAUACAUCCAUCUUCAGAGAAAUAUUUCAUAACAUCAUAUAUCAGAUUAAACAGACAUUUACCAUGCUUCAUAUAACUAGACCAAACAUGCAAUUGUAUUUAGACAACAUUGUUUCUCAUGCCAACUGCCAAUUUAAUAAAACAAUGUUUAAUCCUUUUUGUGUUUACAGUGUUUUGUCAGUAUUGGCAAUGAGACGAUAUACAUAUAAUUUCAAUAUAUUGUAUUAUUUGGUCAGGGAGUACGAAGGCCAUGCAGCCAAAACACGUUGGUUUAAGAAAACCUUGUUUCUAUUGAACAUGCCAUACUAAUAAAGGCAAUUUAAUUAAUUAUA